AUGAAGGACAGAUUCAAAGAGACCGUGGGUAUGAUCGACCCGUCGCUACUACUGCGACCGGAGAACGUCUACGAGGACAAACCGGUCGCAAACUUCCGCGACUAUUCUGUUGACGACGCCGAUCCGAUUAGAGAUCGCGUGCGCAGAACUUAUUACACUAUGCAUACACACAUGACGGUGGAUUUUGUUAAAUCCAAAAUGGACAAAUGGCUCAAGUUCAAUCACUUCAAAGCGACGAUGAAGGAGGCCCUUCACAGGAUGAACGAACUGGUGGAUGAGUCGGACCCCGACCUGGACCUGCCGAACAUCGUCCACGCUUUCCAGACAGCCGAGAGGAUCAGGCGAGAUCAUCCUGAUGACGAUUGGUUCCAUCUGAUUGGAUUGAUACAUGACGUUGGCAAGGUUAUGGCAUUUUACGACGAACCGCAGUGGUGUGUGGUGGGCGACACUUUUGCUGUUGGCUGCAAAUGGGGGAAGAGCAUAGUUUACGGAGACCACAGCUUCAAGGACAAUCCUGAUUCUUACAAUUCUAAAUAUAACACAGAAUACGGCAUGUACGAGCCUAAUUGCGGUAUCGAAAACCUGAUGAUAUCCUGGGGUCAUGAUGAAUAUCUUUACAGAGUUUUAGUUCAUAACAGAGCAAAGUUUCCAGUUGAAGGAUUGUGGAUGAUUAGAUACCACUCGUUCUACCCCUGGCAUGCAGGUGGCGAUUAUGCACACCUUACUCAAAAGGAAGACGAAAAGAUAAAAGAGGCAGUUAUUAAAUUCAACCAGUAUGAUUUAUACACAAAAAGUACAGUUAUACCAGAUAUUGAAGCUCUAUGGCCGUACUAUGAAGGACUUAUCGACAAAUACAUACCUGGCACAUUGGAAUGGUGA